CUGGACCCGAAUAUCUGGAGAUACGGCGCAGUGCGGCAGCCCUGCCAGGGACCUGUGGGAUCAGCAAAGGGAGCCAAGUUCCACGCUCUGACAGCCAUGAGGGGCAGCACCUUCCUCCUCCUCUCCAUCAUGGGCAUCUACGGUGCUAUUCUCAAUGCAGCAGCAUGGUCGGUGAAUAACUUUCUGAUGACAGGACCUAAGGCGUACCUGACGUACUCCAGCAGCGUGGCGGCGGGCGCACAGAGUGGGAUGGAGGAAUGCAAGUUCCAGUUCGGAUGGGAGCGCUGGAACUGCCCCGAGAGCGCCCUGCAGCUCUCCACCCACAACCGCCUGCGCAGUGCUACCAGAGAGACAUCCUUUGUGCACGCCAUCAGCUCCGCUGGUGUUAUGUACACCCUGACCAGGAACUGCAGCUUAGGAGACUUCGAGAGCUGCGGCUGCGAUGACUCCAGGAACGGGCGUGUAGGUGGCCGAGGCUGGGUCUGGGGAGGCUGCAGCGACAACGUGGAGUUUGGGGAGAGGAUUUCCAAGCUCUUUGUGGAUGCUUUGGAAACAGGACACGAUACCCGUGCCCUGAUCAACCUGCACAACAACGAAGUCGGGAGACUUGCUGUGAAAGCCACGAUGAAGCGAGCCUGCAAGUGCCAUGGGGUGUCAGGCAGUUGCAGCAUCCAGACAUGCUGGCUCCAGCUCGCUGACUUUCGGGAGAUUGGCAACUACCUGAAGAUGAAAUACGACCAAGCGCAUAAGCUGGAGAUGGACAAGAGGCGGAUGAGAGCUGGCAACAGCGCCGACAGCCGCGGCGCCACUGCUGAGACCUUCCACCACGUCCACUCCACGGAGCUCGUCUUUUUGGAGGACUCCCCCGACUACUGCACGAGGAACGCCAGCCUGGGCCACCACGGCACCGAGGGCCGCGAGUGCCUACAGACCGGCAAGAACCUCUCUCAGUGGGAGCGGAGGAGCUGCCGGCGGCUCUGCACGGAGUGCGGCCUCAAAGUGGAGGAGAGGAGGACAGAGGUGGUCAGCAGCUGCAACUGCAAGUUCCACUGGUGCUGCACGGUGCGGUGCGAGCAGUGCCGGCAGCUGGUGGCCAAGCACUUCUGUGCCCGCCGCGAUGCCGCCGUUGCCAACCACACCAAGCGGCGGAACAAAGGCCACAGGAGAUAGGGGGAGGCUGGCAACCAUGCCUGCCAGGCGGACCUGUGGGUUUCUUCACUUGUGGCGGCCCUCACCAUGGCUGAGGUUGGGAAGGAGCCUUGCCCAGGGAAGUCACUUUAUAUCAGACAGAGGGAAGAAUUUCACUUUUUCAGUGGGUUCCACGCAUUGCACCACCGCCAGCCAAGGUCAAGCAGUGUUAGCAUGAGUGGAACGGGCACCAUGGCCGGGGCUGGUCCUGUUGGGCUGCUCCAUUUCUGCGCAGGCACCACAACCCCAGCAUCCCUAUUCCUGCACAGGCGUUGCUUGGAAGCACUCCUGAUGGGGAAACUUGUGCACUUUCUGAUGGGAGAGAGUUUUCUGAGUGCUGCUGUUUGUAUUAGCACAGCUGCAGCUUUUUGAGGGCAUCAGUAGGUUUUUAAGGACUGUGUUUACAGGGUUGAUUUUACUUUUAUAAUGUUGUGGUUUGGUACCAGACCAUCUACCCAAAUGGAUAACAGCUUCAUGUGUCUGUACCGGGUGAAAUUAAUUUGUUUACAAUUCCUUUACUUUUUAAAAAACCAACGUAGCAAAUACGAAUUCAGAACUCUUUAUGCCUAAUGCUGCUUGUUAAGAAGCUGAAUUGUUGCUUUGCACAAUCUGUUUUCUCCGUAUAUUUUGAAGGCAUCCCUAAAGAGUUAGAUGUCAGCCUGUAUUUUGCAAUAAACACCAUAAUGAAAACAA